AUGAAUCUUUGCUGGAUGAUUGCGAACAAUCAAAUUUGUGUUAUCUUUUUUUUAAUUUCUUUCCUUAAUUGUUACGUUUAUUCCGAUGAUCCAUUUAAUUCUGUUGGCAAUUUAAAUUCUUCGACAAGUGAUAGCGGAUCAUUUGCAUCCAAUGAUUUACCAAAUAAUCAUGUUAAUCAACAAAUUGUUAGAGGAUAUCCUUGUGUUAAGAAAAGUAAUCAACUCUAUUGUGGAUCACCGGGUGAAAUUUAUCCAAGGAAAAAUAUCGACAAUUACAUAGAGGAAAACAAGGCAUUGAUUAGACGGAUGUUCGGUGAAAAUUUACCGCCAUUAAUUGUAGAUGAGCAAUUUGGUGACAAUUCAAAUAACCACGAUAAUAGUGACAAUAAAAAGAUACGAGUUCCAAGAUCUAGUUACGAGGAAUUCACUGAUAACAGGAUUGAUUCAUGUGAAUCAAAUGUUGAAAUAGUGACUCCAUAUUGGGCUGCCAAUUCAGCGGGUAAAAUAAGAGCUGUGGUCAAUACGCAACACCUACAACAAGCAAUACAACAAGAGGUUUGUCGGAGCACACAAACACACCGGUGUAACAAAGAUUGUACUUGUGAACAGAAAUAUAAAUGGCAUCGGUUAUUAGCUUAUGAUCCUGACGAUGAUUGUAAAGGGAUCUUCAUGGAUUGGUUUCUAUUUCCAUCAUGUUGUGUUUGCCGUUGUUUGAAUAUCUUUAAACAAUAGGAAAUUAAUUCCAUUCAACAUUUCAUCUCGAUUGAAGCCUAAAGGAGAAAAAAAAAUCACAGAGAAAAUAUUAGCUGUUUAUCAAGAAAAACAGUUAACAGAAUAAUCAAUUUGAUACAAAAAGAGAAACCAAGUCGUUCAAAGUGUAAAUUAAACUGCCAUUCAUUGUAAAGAAACAAACCAUAGUAAUAAACCUUGUAAUUAAUAAAAUCUUCCAUUACAAUUAA